UCCAGCAUAUGUUUUAACUUCGACAGAAUGCACAGGAUGGAAAGGUUCUAUGGUUAAAACAAAAAACUUACUUAGAACAACAAAUCCUAAAAAUUUCAGCUCAAUUGGACAAAUCCUUCUCAAAAUAUAUUUUCUCAAAGGCAAAAAUAACUCGUUUUGAGAAAACGAGCUUUGAACUUCCAGUAACAGAAAUUCUCAGAAUAAGACUUCAAUACCUUAAGAUUCAAAUUAUAUUGUACCUUAAGAACCAAAAAGCCCAGGCUAUCUAUAUCGAUUAUGAUGAAUAUUCUAAAAUCUCUUCUUCGCCUAGAAUCGGGCCUCACUUGUUUCGAAUGCAGUAGCACGGUCUCUCAUGAGGAGUGUCAAGAACGUCACCAACAAGUCACGUGUCAAAGUUCCAUGGCUGACCGUUGUUAUUACGCGUCGAUGCAGCAGACCUCGCAAGAUGGAUCCAGUGUUACAAAGCGCUUUAAACAUGGGUGUAUCAAUAAUAAAGAUUGUAGUAACACUGCAAACAUUUUCGACAAAUGCACUACUUCUACUGGACAAUGUGAAGUGCGAUGCUGCAGCGAAAAUUUAUGCAAUGAAGGGAUCAAAGAAGAUAAAGCAACGCCAGAGGUUCCAACAGAAGAAAGUACGGUCUUCGAUAUACCGAUUGCAUACAUAUCGUUGGGUGUCGCCUGUAGUUUGUUGUUACUGUGUUCUGCAGUAGCCUUCUGGAGCCACAGGACGUCCAGUCGCAAGCGGCUUGAAAGGUCAGCUCGGCGUCGACGUGAGAUUAUUCCAUUAGACAAAUGGGAAAUUCUUCCUGAACAAAUAGAAUACGAAGAAGAGCUGGGUAGAGGAGCGUUUGGUGUGGUCUACAAAGCAAUUCUGAAGAAGCGACAAGGAAUAGAAGUGUUUGACAGCAGAGAUGUGUUGGAAUCAAACAAAUCUUAUCAGGUGGUUGCCGUCAAAAAGUUACAAGAUGAUCCAAGUGAAACACAAGAAGACGAAUUCUUGUUUGAGAUAUCGAUGAUGAAAGUGUUGGGUGCACACCAGAAUGUUGUGUCCCUGGUUGGAUGUUGCACACUGCAGGAUCACAAGUUUCUGGUGAUAGAGUACGUUCCAUUUGGUGACUUGCUGCAUUGGUUACGACGCAAGAGAAGAUCGAUCGAGCCAAAUCUGGCCACCGAUGGACCGACGAUAGAUAAACGUUGUGACGAGAAGCAAGGACAUAGCAAAUCUUGCCAAUUCACACAGGAAACGCAAGUUGUCCUGCAAGAGACGACGGAAGAAGAUGCACUGACAGACCAAACCUCAGCAAAGAUGAAUUCAACUCUAUCAUAUGACAACGAAGGUUUUAUCCUUGAUUUGACCAGCUCGUCGGAUAAUAUUGCUGAAGAUGAGGGUAAGAUUUCGUUGAACACAGAAACUGACAUCGAACUGUCGGCGAUACCGUUGACAACACAGAGAAAAGCUUCUGAACAUUUGCUUUCGGACGAGAAUCUCUAUGAUGGACAUGAAGGAGACGACAGCUUUACCUCACAGCAGUUGUUUUCCUUUGCUUGGCAAAUAGCAAGGGGGAUGAAUCACCUCGCAGAGAAAGAUUUCGUUCAUCGUGAUCUUGCAGCCCGUAAUAUUCUGGUUGGUCACGAUAAUCGGGUCAAAGUGUCGGACUUUGGGUUGAUGCGUCAAAUCUAUGAAGACGUGUACACCGCCAAAAAGACGACAAAGCUUCCUGUGAAAUGGAUGGCCCCAGAAUCGUUCGAGUUCAGUGUUUUUACAAUCAAAAGUGAUGUUUGGUCCUACGGUGUUCUUCUCUGGGAAAUGGCCACCAUGGGAGGUGCACCUUACCCCACAAUGACCAACACACAAAUAUGUGGAGCACUGAAAAAUGGUUAUCGGAUGGAAAGGCCGGCAAUGUGCUGUGAUGAAGUAUAUGAAUUGAUGAAUGAAUGCUGGAGGGAAGAUCCAGCUACUCGCCCCAGUUUCUCGGAGUUGAUGGGCAGAGUGGAAACUGUCAUGACAAGGAAUGUGCCAUACUGCGACUUGAGCAAGCAUGACGAGUUCAGCCCAUAUUACAGCGUACCCGUUGAUGCCUUUUCCGAAACAAGCGUGUAGGGGUGCUAGCGAUGUGUUUAUAUAACAGGCGCGAAAAAAGUCGCUAGUUUUGACUCAAGUUUUGCUUAUGCAAGAUAAAACAAGAGAGAAAAAGAAUCAUCCCUAUAGUAACUGUUGUUCCUAAAAAAAAACUGAUCUAAUUUAUAGUUAGGCAAAAAAGUUAAGGGCGGUUAGUUUUGUUUGGACAUACAUAAGCACAAAAGAGGAAUCACGUGGGAGAAAGUGAAUGUGUGGAAGUUUAGGAGAGGACUUCACAGGAGAGAGACCUUUUAAUUUUAACUUGCGCUAAACAAUGGUUUACACAUUACAUGUUUUAACUUUAAAAUUUCUCCUUCUUUGUUUUCUUUUUAUUCACCUGCUGCCAAUAUAGAACUUAAAUUAUACGGAGAGUUAACAAGGAAACCAACUGUUUAAUUUAGCCUCCAGCUCGAACUUGAAUUUCAAUAAAGAUAGAAUCAAUUUUAUCAAGCCAUAUAAUUUCAGGAUGUGAAAUUAUUCAGUUAAUUAUAUGACUGAGCUCAAUGAAGAAUUAUUAUUACUAUUUCAUUACGCAAUUUGCGCGGAACAAUGUGACAGAGAUACUACGUUAUUUGAGGUAGUUAACUUAACUCUAUUGAUAACUUAUUUCGAUAUGUAGGUCGAUUCCUUUUGAUGGUGUAGACGGUUCAAACUCAGGAUUAUGUUCAGGGUACCAAAAAUAGAAACCCUAUCGUACCAAAUGAAGCGCCUUUUUGGGAAAUGAAGUUUGACAUUGCUGAAGAAUAUGCAAAAUGUUACAUGUUUAUUUAUCGCUAACAUGUCACGCUAAAAACUGUAAGAUCCUAUAAAGUAUGUGUGUCGCGGCACUACGUUAAUCUAAGAUACCUGAAAACUUUAAAAAGAGUGACAGCACUGCCUUGGCCGGGGCACUCCUUUCCUGUUUUACCACCUGCUGGUUUUCAAGGCUUUUCGUGUUUGGCUUUGGUGCACUUAGUUUUUAUACUUCAGUUGUAGUUUGCGAAUCCUUGUAACAUCUGUUGAGACUAAAUAAAUGACAAAGUGGCUUGGCUGGCCAACGCGCCAAAAUAUAAUCACGAUGUGUCUAGAUGUGUAUGUAGUGGAGACGACAUUUUCGGUGGAUGAUUGCUCCUUUCACUUAUGGCAAUUGUCUGGGGGAAAACGUAAACAAGUUGUCGUGAACUUUUAAUCUAUUAGCAUAGCUCGGCCGCUAAUCUUUCGACAUUUAAAUAUUUAAACAAAUCUUAGGUACGCUUAGUCACGUUAACCGAUUUGUAACAUCAAGAUGUUGUCCGCCGCCAUAUUUCAUCCAGGAUUGUGAUCGGCCAAGUCUACUGAAUAACGCUUAUCAUCUACAAAGCACUACUCGAACAGUUUUUGCUUAAAAUGAAUUCAAAUUCUGCUGGAAUGUACGCAAGUCAUCGCAAAAUGUUCUGACAUGCUGGGAUAUGACAAAAUGCCUCCAAUGAUGUACUUACGAUGUAAUUAUUGAAUUUUCCUUGUCUUUGAACUUCAUCUUUAAUUUUGGAAAUUGUUUCACAAAGUUCACACGACGCUGAUGGCGCUUUGAAUGACAGGUUGUGCAAGCCAAAAGACCAAUAAAGCAGAUUAACACGACAAGUGACAACAAGGUGCUAAAGGAAUGCUAUCCAUUGUCAGGUUCGAAUGUUUGUCAUAAUAUACUGGGACAAAUUUACUGCGGUAAGCAACUCAGAUCUGUUGUGGUUAAGUGUACUGAAGAACCUCACUGUAAGAAGACUUUCUUGGGGCGGCGAAAGGAAACGCAAUGCCGGUGAAUUAAUUGUUUAUAUCCGAUGAAGCUAAGAGUGUUGAAGAACAGAAUUAUGUAAACAGGUCUGAAACUUUUGAAUCGGUGGCUCCCGCCAUGACAAGAUUUGAGACUUACUUUGCGAAAGCCAUCCCGUCGUUGCUGCUUUGCUGUGCUUUUUGUGGAGGUAGGUGAACGACCAAAGCCAUUUAUUGUAUUAUAAAGAAGGAUCAGGGAAAUUCUUAUCAUUCACUCACCAUAAUUAUACAACAACACACGAAAUUCUCUCUUUGCUAAACUUGGGCUGUUAGAUAUUCCUGCAUUAUUCCCAACCCCAUAUCGAGUUUAAUUCUUUUCACUAUAGCUUUACCUUGCCUUUAAGCUUUCUGUUACAUUUAUCUCGGGCAAGAAAGCAGGUGAAUUUAGUCAUGUCUAGGUUUAUGAAUAAAUGUUGCCAAUGAUGUAUGUAAU